UGGGCUGUUUUAAAAGGAGGCCCUACGGGUUUGGAGACUAGCUGGUUUCUCUGUCUGCUUUGGCCUUGGAGGUGAGUCUGCCUCAGGGCCUGGAGCUCCUCCCCGCCACACUGUAGCGAGCUCCGGAGAGCUCAGCACUCAGCCCAUGGAGCCUGCGUCUCCAACCCCGAGCCCGCAGCCUCUUCCGAUGGCCUACGAGGAGACCUCGCCGCGGGACGCAGAGGGCUCAGAAGUGCUGGUCACAGACUUCAGCAACCUGACUCUCAAUCCUGGUGCGCUGCGCCCUACUCCAUUCGAGGUGUCGCCACCACAACUGCGGGAUGACCAGAGCGAGGACAGAGAAGACAGGCGCGACCGACGGCGCCAGGAACCGAACCUGCGGCGGGUGCCUCCCCUCUUGCGCAGGCGCGGUGUGCGCACCGUGCAGUCUGAGCUGCGCAGGGACCGGCUGAUACGUAGGCUGCUCAGGGCCGAGCCCUGGCUGUUCCUCAGAGGAAUAGUGAGAAACAAGAGUCCGAAGGGUGUCAAGGAUAAACCAAGAAGCGUGCCUUUCAAGUGCUCGUGCAGCUUUUGUGUCACUCAUCAAUGGGAUCCUUCUGAGAACGCUAGAAUAGGGAGUGAGUAGAAUACACAGUUAGUGGAGGCCUGAGUCUUAGACAAUCUGUAGUUCAAACGAAGGAUGUCGACACACUUUGCGUUUUGAUUGACCCAGAGGGCUCUAGUAGGUCUCAAAUCUACUCUAUUUUAAAAGCUUAAAAGUCUAAGAUGAACCCCAAGCAUAAAUAGAUUUUCUGAUUCUUAGAAAUCUGAGUUACAAUAAAAGGAAAUUUUGAUGUACUGUUUGUUGCCAGAUGAUCUUAUUAAAAUUGACUGUUUAAAAACAA